AGCAGGCCGGCUCCUGAGAACUGUCUGCCCACAGAUGGCUUCGUGCCCCUGGGCACCCUCCUGCGGUUGCCCCAGUUCCGCGGCUUCUCGGCUGAAGACGUGCAGCGCGUGGUGGACGCCAAUGGGAAGCAGCGGUUCGCCCUGCAGCUGGGGGAUCCCAGCACCGGCCCUCUCAUCCGGGCCAAUCAGGGCCACUCCCUGCAGGUGCCUGCCUUGGCGCUGGUGGCCCUGGAGACGCCCCAGGCCCUGCCCCAGGUGCUGGUGCAUGGUACAUUCUGGAAGCACUGGCCAUCCAUCCUGCUCGAGGGCCUGUCCCGCCAGGGAAGGACACACAUCCACCUGGCCCCAGGACUGCCAGGGGACCCUGGCGUCGUCAGUGGCAUGCGGCCAAACUGCGAAGUAGCCGUGUUCAUCAACGGACCCCUGGCCCUGGGAGAUGGCAUACCCUUCUUCCGCGCGGCCAACGGGGUGAUCCUGACUCCAGGGAACGCUGACGGCUUCCUGCUUCCCAAGUACUUCAAGGAGGCCCUGCAGCUGCGCCCCACGCGGAUGCUCCUCUCCUUGGCUGGUGACAAAGGGACAGAGUGUCCGAGCAGCCCUCAGCACAGCCCCAGAGGACGAAGGAUGACCCAACAAUAAAAUAUUAAUUUAUAAAAAGGAAAUUUAGAAAGUAA